CUUCAUCCGUGGCGAACUAUCCGGGAGGCGCGAACACUCAACGGUCCACUGAAAUUAUCGUUAAUGGAUUCCCGUCUCCUACAAUUAUCCCACCCACUAUCACUCAAAUCCACAUUCCUCAACGCAAUUCCAAGAUCUCCUUCCAUUUCUUCAAUCUCCAUCAGGCACUUCAAGCUGGAGAGCACUAAAAAUGGCGGCAGAGAAACCCAACGCGAUGUCCCUUUCGACGAAGCAGCAUACGAGGCCGAGAGAUCUCGCCUCGACGCCCAAGCUAUAAAAUCCAUGGCUGAAGCUUCAAUAAGGGACACUGAAGGCGCUUCGGACGACGACCCAAAAGCUUGGAAGUGGGUCAUCCGAAAACGAAUUUGGGAUUUCAUGGAGUCGCAAAAUAUCGCGGCAAAUCCCCGACCCGUUCACCAUCGUAUCCCUAAUUUCCUUGGCGCCAUGGAAGCUGCCAAUAGAUUGUGCGAUUUGGUAGUAUUCAGAGAUUCACAGUGCGUGAAGGUUAAUCCGGAUUCUCCGCAGAAGGGUGUGAGGCUUCUUACACUUACGGGUGGCAAAAAACUAUUAACACCUCAGCCUCGGUUGAGAACUGGGUUUUUCUCCAUAGUCGAAUCCGGGAUGUUGACUCCGGCUACCAUCAAGGAGGCCUGCACUUCUGUUGGGGUAGCAAAGUAUGGAAAGCCAAUUGGACUGGAUGAAAAGAUCAAAGUAGAUCUGAUUGUCAUUGGUUCUGUUGCUGUUGACCCCAAAACGGGUGCUCGGCUUGGCAAGGGAGAGGGAUUUGCAGAACUAGAAUAUGGAAUGCUGCGGUACAUGGGAGCCAUUGACGACUCAACUCCAAUUGUUACUUCUGUGCACGACUGCCAAUUGGUUGAUGAUAUUCCAGUUGAGAAGCUAUUAGUCCACGAUGUGCCUGUAGACAUCGUAUGCACUCCGACGCAGGUCAUUUUAACCAACACAAAAAUCCCCAAACCUCAAGGCAUUUACUGGGAAAUGUUGUCUCCUGAAAAGCUGAGCCAAGUUCGAAUACUCAGGGAGCUCAAACGUCGGAUCGAACGGGAGACCGGCAGACCGCUGCCAUGUGGUCCAUCAGAGAAACUUCCACCUACAGCUCAACGAAGCUCGAAACCUGGAAAACGUGCAUUCUCUAAGAAGUGAUGAAGGGAAAAUGGAGAAAGAAACAAAACCUGAAUUAGUAUUUUUUUCUUCUUCAUUAUAUAGUUUUGGUUUUGUAUAAAAAUUCUCCUAAAACAGACGGGGAAGAUUUGAAAGUAACAAAGAUAUGAAAACAUAAAGGGAGUGCCUUUGUUCCCUCAAAUUCUUUUUGUUGAAUGUAUCAUUUAUAAACAUGUUGUACCAUAGGUAUCGUGAUGCAAUAUGAAAGAAAGAAAGAAAAAAAGAGUCUUAUAA